UUGUGAUAUCGUCUGAUUGGUGUUGAAUAUUAUUUCUUUUGGUCGCAAUGAUAACGUUUUUUCUUUUUAAAUAAUAUAAGGAAAUGAGGGUGCGAGUUGAACACUGACACAUAAUAAUUGAAGCGUGCGAAAAAAAUCCAGAACUUAUAACCAAUAAAUUUAAUGGUCGGGAAGGUAAAAUAAAAGGUCACGCUUUAUGGCGAACUGUCAGCCUGAAACUUAACAACUUGGGGUUUGGAGAAAAAUCCGUUGAAGGAUGGCGGAAGGCUUUAAUAGAUUGGAAAUCAAAGACAAAGGCAAAAACCGCCAGAAUUAAAAAAGCUAUUGGGAAGGCAGGCGGAAGUCGCACAAGUUACAUAACUUUGUCUGACUUAGAAUGCAGAUUAUUAGAAAUAAUGGGGUUAAAGCCUAUUGAGGGUUACAAUUUACUGGCACUGGGCAAGGACACAGAAUCAGAAACAUGUAGAGGCGGAUCAAACAGGGCAAGAAAUCAAGAAAAGUACUGUCCGAAAGUAGAGUCACCUGCACUGACUACUGAAGGAACGCCAGUUUCCCGUAACAACUCUUCAUAUGAACCCUUUCCCGAGAUUCAAAUGGAAUCAAACAUUGACACACCAGUCAGAUCGAGAGAAACCGAAAGGCUUUCCCAAAAACUGCUUGAUAUUAACGAAGAAUCUCUACGAUACCUAAGAAGUAUUAGUGAAAAUAUGGAAAGUAUGGCAAGUUCCUUGAAAACCAUGACGGCUAUUUUACAGCAGCGUUUUAGCACAUAAAUCGCAGUCGAUGCGUGUUUUUAUGAUUAAAAAGAUGUUCCCACUUUUUAAAAUUUCUUAAUAAUAUUGUGUUAGUUCUCAAAAGUACGAUGUUCUGUGGUACUUUCGCAGUGGUGCCCAACGGGAUACGUGAAAAGAAGAAGAAGAAGAAGAUGUCCUGUGGUUCGCCAUUUUUUAUUAAUUUGCUUUCACCUCGGUCGCUUCAUUUGACGUUCAUACCUGUUAUAGACAGAGUUGCCAACUGAUAAACAGGUCCAUAAACUAAGAAAAAUUUAUUUUAAAACAAGUAUCAACAUAAGCACUUUUUUUGUUAUUUUAAUAUAAAGAAGUUGUUUUAUAAUUGUAGAUUCCCGUGUAUUUAAUAUUCAGAAUAUUUUUGAAUUUUCGUUAAGUUCUAAA